CCCCAUCACGCCUUCCCGCCAUGUGCCGCUUAAGUCUCUCGUCAAGGCCAAACUGUGCGACCCGCCGAAACCGUCUCCGGCCGUCUCCAACAACAUUGAUGCCGGCUCCUAUAUCGUUAUUAUCAGCUACCCUAUCGGUUGACCCUUGGGCUGCUUAGCAUAUUAAACCCGAACCUCCUGCUAUAUAAACCUGCAAGUUCAUCUUCCCUCGAAUUUCUUACUUCAAGCCUGCAACAUCUUUUCAGACAGCAUGCAUCUCACCACGCUUAUCCCGACAGCGAUGCUCUUUGCAGUCACAAUGGUGGUGCUAGUUGGCACCGCCGAUGCAGUGUGGACUUGUCCAAGUGGUCGUGAUCCAUUGUGCUGCGCUAGAUAUACAGACGAAGGAAAAGUUGAAGGUGUUGUUAUCGGAAGUGAAUGUAACGAAGCACCGAGAACCGCGAGAUGCGGUGAUGCCUCGAACCCUCUUUGCUGCAAGCCAAAUUUCGAUGGUACAAACUAUUGCGAUAGCGAGGCCAAGGGCUGGACUAUAUAACUGCAUGGCCACCAGUAGUCCAGGAGAGCGAUAAUGCUCGCGACGCCAUUGAAAACGCAUGCGAUAGCCUGACCUGUUCAGAGAGCAGGCUUUUUGGAUAUCAUUGAAGUUGAGCAGGAUAGGGUGACCACAGGCAUUGAUUUUGCUUUCAACUUCUUGCUUGCCACGGAGGUCAGGAUUGAGAUUGCAAUUUUGUUCUGUUGAUUCAACAUCCUUCAACUCUCACCAGUAGUCCCAAGAACAUUUUUAAUGUCAUUCACUUGAACAUUUGAGA